AUGGCGUCAUCGUCGUCGACAGAAGACGGUGUAGAAGAAAUCGCGAGGCGGUGGAUGGAAAUGGAGGAAAUAGUGCCAAUUGCGACGGCGGACCGACUUCUGGAGCGGCCGUGUAAGCUGAAACAUGUCUGUUGGAAGUUUAAUGAUACUUGCAAUGAAAUCUGGAUCGACGGACGGCUCGGAGUCACAUUCACACCGAAUCAACCCACCGAAUCGGGUGGAACCCAGACAAAAGUGCACUACGACGUCGAAAUUGACAAAUCCGAGUCAAAAACCGCGUUCUACGCAUUCGAUUUGGCCGAAUUGGCUCGUUGGCAUCUCGCGUGGCUCACCGAUCCGAAUGUUUGGAUCGAUUCGGCCACUAUUGAUAUGGAAUUCGACCAAAAAUGGAUGGUCGAGAAGCGAAAACUGCAAGUGAAGGAGGUGAACAUCACGGUUCAAACAAACUAUCCGUCGAUUCACGGAUGGUUGGCACAUAUGACAAAAGACGUCGAAUCGUUCAUUUAUAGGGGAAAUGGCAUUAUGGAUGCGAAUCGGUUUCUUCAGUUACCUUUUGCCGCAAAACUUCGAAAAUUGAUGUUAAUAUACGAGAGCACGUUCGACGACCGGCUGUUACCACAACUCGGCGCCCAACACCUUCAGAUUUCAACGGAUUUCGCGACGGAUGCUGGAGUGAAUAAGUUGUUGCAUCGCUGGAACGACCAAAACUACCCGAUUCGGUCGCAAUUCGUCAUCUAUGUACAGAUCAAGAGCUCGGCGAACGUCGUCAAAAAUUUGAAAGUGAUGCAGUCGCAGCAUCAGGAUAGUGGUGUCUCCGAGUUCCUCAUCGAAAUGAACAACCCGAAUACCCGAAUGCGUGUCAUCACCCGCCCCAGCUCCGUCAUCUGCACCAUCUUCGCGAUCGAUAACUCACAGGCUCCGCCCCCUUUCGUCACGCCCACAAUUGAUGACAAACAGAAUUAA